ACAUCUUUUAUAUUCCAUACACAGAUAAAAAUUUUACAAAGUGAAUUUACACGGUGUUGAAACAUCUCCGAAUAGAGUUAAUAUUUCAGAAAAUAAUUGUAAACGUAACACUUUUCGGAGGUAAUUUAAAUACUAUAUACAGGUUUAAAAAAGAAUAACACCCAAUGGGAAUGUGAAUCAACUACGUUCAGGUUUAUUUCUUUACUUUCUCAAUAAAAUUGUUAAAAUAACGGUAAACAGUGAAAAUGUAACUCUUAGCGGUGUAUAAUUUGACCGUUCCCUUCCGUUAAUCCUUGUUGUUCGGCUGUUCUUUUGUCUCGAUACGCUCACGUGUUGCGUAGUAGUGACGACAAGACGACCGUUACGCGUUCCAUGUGGUCGCAACGUAGGCUCUACGUUCUAUCUGUGUUCGUUUGGACGCCAUCGUAUACGCAUACUGAGCAGAGCAAAGGCAAUUAAUACAGUUUUAUACUAUUGGUGAUUUCGUGUCCGUAGUAUGGAGCAAACGAUAUUUUUAAGGGUGAAAUAUGAAAACAAAAGGAAGUGGGUACGAGUAGCAGCAGAAAAAGAGAUAACUCUUGCAACAAUUAACAGCGCAAAACAACAUCACCAAGCUUUUAUUGCUGAAUUUGGCAUGGAUCUCCAACCAAAACAUCAUAUGAUGAUUCACUACCCUGGCGUUAUUUUACGGAUGGGUCCACUGUAUCAACUAUCUUCCCUACGUUAUGAAGCAAAACACGUUGUUGUUAAAAAGAUGAUUCCAAACAAUACAUGCUAUAAAAAUAUUGCCAAAACUUUAAGCAAAAGACAUCAAAUGCGAUGGUCUAGUACUUGGCAAAGCAAUAUAAUUAAUAAUGUUCCGAUCCUUGGCCCAAAAAAAAAGUUACUGAAAAUUUUAGCACUAAGGAAUAGUUUCUUAGCUUAAAUGUCGAUUAUGGAAACUUACUUUUUUCCGCAUGGUUGAAGAACCAUGGUAUUAAAUAUCGAAUUGGUUUUUAUUUAAUAAAUGGAAAAACUGAAAACAAUUAUCCUAUGUUUGUUAAAAUUAAAUACAUUUUUAGCUUUAAUAACAAUUUUUAUUUUGUUUGUCAAAAUUGGGAUACCAUACUAUUUUUCGAGUACUUACAAAGUAGUCGAAAGCGUAAAUAAAACUGAAAGGCUGAUACGUUUGGAUCAACUUUCUCAUCCCAUGCCUUAUGAAUGUCAUCAAUCACGCAUACAAUGACGCAAACGUUUAUAUUGUGACAAGGUAUGAAAUUAUAUUUUAAUUUGGAAAAUUAUACUUGUUUAUAUUAAAAGACGAUUUUGAAACUUC